CUACUCGGGUCAUAGAGACCAGACACAGGAGAGGUUGGUGGGUACAAGUGCAAGGAGCAUAGACGACAGGUAUGUCAUAAAGACCAGACACAGAAAGUGUUGGUGGGUACAAGUGCAAGGAGUAUAGACGACAGGAAGAUGCCGCUCAAGAAAACCAAACACAAGCCGCCUUCAAGGGACAGACACUUGCAAGACGCACCAUCAUCUACACCUUCAACAUCACAAGCUGAAGUUGAUGAAGGUAAUAUCACUACAGUGGAAAUUCAAAUGACGACAGAUGAAGUUGGUGUGCAAACCAUAUUGACAUUUUUCAUGCGCAAUGAGAAUGUGAUAAGAGUCCACCUGAACGAUGCUUUGCCAAAGACGCAUUCGUCGUCGUGGAACUGUACUCCAAUCUGCUUCGUGGAGCUGACUACUAAACUCUGCAAAGCACUUUGCCAAUUUGAUAACAAAGCUAAGCGUUAUUACAAUGCUUGUCUGUCGUGGAUGGAAAAAUGGAAAUUUAAAAUUUGUCUUUGGACAUGCCGAGAAGGAUGAGGCUUUGAAUAUGAAAAAGAACCAAGAAGUUGUGAAAGACAUGAUGGAAGACCUUUUUAAACAAAUUGAUGUGAAAAUGACCAGCAUCAGCAUAUCAAAUAUAGACAUUCAAGCUCCGCCGAAAAAUCCAAUAACGAGGGAGAGUUCUCAACAACAAAGUAAGACGCGAUGAUAUUUCAUGACCAUGAUUUGCUUCUGUCUGCUAACAUUAGUGGUAAAGAAAACACAAGAACUUAAAAACACAAGCAUCCUCAUUCUUAUCUAUAAUAGUUCAGGGCAAAUGAUAAUUUAUGACACGACACAUGAAGGUAGAGCAACCUAUAUUUUGACAUUCGUUGGUCAACAACUGCGCGUUCGUAAAGCUAGAUGUGUAUAGCACAAACUUAACCGUCUUCUGAUUUCAUGAAAAGAAACUGCAGGAAGAUCGCACGACAGGGAACAGAAGCCUGACAACAGUGAAGAAACAGCCCCUAUGAGAGAUGGUAAAGCGAGUUAUAGUUUGGCAUGACAUGCAUGUGGACCCGAUUUUGUAAAUAUCUC